AUGGACUCACCUUCCACGGCUGCCCCUUCGUCCGAUGUCGAGGUCCCGAAAGUGUCGACGCCCCCCGACCCGGACCCCGACCCGCGAUCGACACAAAGUGGUGAGGCAGCUUCUGCAAAGACCCACGACAAUGGCAAUGCGCCGGGCAAAAGCUACCUGCGGAUCCUGUCCUAUGGUGCUCGCAAUGGCGGCAUUGUAGCCAUCAUCCUGGGCCUGAUCUGUGCCAUGGGCUCGGGAGUAGCCCUGCCCUUGAUGAACAUUGUUUUUGGUAGGCUGGUUGGCGGCUUCAACGAGUAUUUCAUGCCGGGAACGAAUGUCAGCGAACAGACGUUCAAGGCCACGGUCAACCAGGACAGCCUGUAUAUUGUCUACCUCUUCAUCGGGAAAUUCGUCCUCACAUAUAUCUCCAUGAUAUGCUUCCGGUUUAUUAGUCUGCGUGCAUCGGCUAUAUUGCGAUUGGAGUAUGCUCAGGCCCUAUUUGCGCAGCCGGUCAGCAGGCUGGACGAAAUGACCGUAGGGUCGGUUACCAAUGCCAUCACUGGCCUGUCCAACACCAUUCAACAAAGCGUCUCCGAUCGACUCGCAGUCCUCUUCCAGGCAGUUGCACUUCUUAUUUCAGCCUAUGCGAUUGCCUUUCGGUACUCCUGGGCCCUCACCCUGGUCGUCAGUGCAAGUAUCCUCUUCGUGAUUGUAGGAUACAGUCUCACCGUCCCAUUCCUGAUCAAAGCCCAGCAAAGCAUGGACCAUGCCGAUGGCCAGCAUGCUUCAGUCGCGGCAGAAGCAUUGGGCUCUAUCCGUACUGUUCUCUCCCUCGGUGCCGAAGCGCCCUUGACGAACAAGUACAUCGAGUGGACUCAAGAGGCCCAGCGACGGGGCCUGCGGAUGUCCGCGGUGGCUGGCGUACACAUCGCCCUUCUUUUCUUUGCACUCUAUUCCAGCUUUGCUUUGGCGUUUUGGUACGGGCUCAAGCUUUACCGCGACGGCCACAUUUCUAGUAUUAACACAGUCAUUACGGUCUUCUUCUCCGUCCUAAUCGUUGUCGGCAUCUUGGGAAACAUCGCGAGUCCGCUGAUGAUCAUCUCCAAGGCCGUGAGCGCGUCCGGGGCGUUCUUCGGGAUGAUCGAUUCGGAGCGUCCCACGCUCGGCGGCCUCCGCGACGCAGAUGUGUCUUGUCAAUCUGAUAUCACCUUUGACAACGUCACAUUUGCCUAUCCCACACGUCCCAACAGCACAGUAUUGAACGGGCUCAGUGCUCGAUUUCAGGGAGGUAAAACAACAGCCCUAGUCGGAGCUUCCGGGUCAGGGAAGAGUACAGUCGUGGCCCUAUUAGAGCGUUGGUAUCACCUAGCGGACAACAAUGGUAAUAUUUCGAUUGGCGAUCGCUCCAUCCGAGAUUUGGAUGCCAAGUGGUGGCGCUCCCACAUUGGUUUGGUGCAACAGGAACCCUUCUUGUUCAAUGAUUCCAUCUACAAUAAUGUCGCCUUUGGGCUUAUUGGGUCUGACUGGGAGGAUCAGCCGGACGGCGUCAAGAUGGAACUCGUAGUCCAAGCGUGCAAAGAAGCUUAUGCGGAUGAUUUCAUCCAGCGUUUGCCGCUGGGGUACACCACUAUUGUCGGGGAAAGCGGUAUCACCCUCAGCGGUGGACAACGCCAGCGUCUCGCCAUCGCGCGUAGUAUCGUGAAAAGGCCGCCAAUCUUGAUCCUGGACGAGGCGACAAGCUCGAUUGAUGUUCGUGGCGAGAAGCUCGUUCAAAGCGCCCUCGAUCGAGUGGCGACCGGCCGCACCACAAUUAUGAUAGCCCAUCGCCUGUCCACGGUUCGUCGGGCAGACCAUAUCAUGGUGAUGCAACAGGGGAUAGCCAUCGAGGAGGGCUCUCAUGACCAGCUAAUGGCCCGAGGUGGCGUUUAUCAUGGCUUGGUUCAUGCCCAGCGGUUAGAGCCCUUGGCCGAGGUUUGGGAGGAAAAGAUGAAAGGUGAACCCCAUUCCUCAAAGGAAGACCCGCAAGCCAACCACUACCUGGUGGCCGACUCCGACGAUCCAACGAAUGAGGAGGAUGGUCCCAGCCGGAGCAUAGGGUUUUUCAAGAGCUUUGGGAUUAUUUUCAAGGAGCAAAGCCACCACUGGGUCCUUUACGUAUGCAUCCUGGUGGGAGCGCUUGGUGCGGGUUCGGGAUUUGCACUCCAGAGCUGGCUCGUCGCAAAACUAGUCCAGGUCUUUCAGUUCAGCGGCCAAAAGCUGGCACAAGCUGCCAACUUCUGGUCUCUGAUGUUUUUCAUCCUGGCUCUAGCGAUGGCAGUGUGCUAUUAUGUGCUGGGGAUGGCGUCAAACUCCAUUUCCAUGUUUGUGGCCUCGACUUACCGGCAAGAUUACUUUCUCAACCUUCUUCGGAAACCCGUGUCCUACUUUGACCUCCAGGCCAACUCGUCGGGAAGCCUGGUAUCCCGUCUCGCCACCGAUCCCAAGCAGCUCCAGGACCUAUUUGGACCCACCGGUGUCUUCCCGCUCAUUUCUGUGUUCAAUGUAAUCGGUUGUGUGACAAUUUCGUUCGUGUUUGGCUGGAAGCUGGCCGCUGUAACUUUCUUUGCGGCAAUGCCUUUUCUCUUUCUCGCGGCCUUUAUGCGAAUCCGCUAUGAAAUCAUGUUUGAAAGGAUGAACGCUGAGGUAUACGCGGACAGCUCGAAGUUGGUUAUGGAGUCGAUGAAAGGCUUUCGGACUGUCACCUCGCUAACCAUGGAGGAUACGAUUAUUCGGAAGUACUCAACCCUUCUCCAAGAGCAGCGACAGAAGGCCAUGCGUAAGGCAUGGGUUGGCACUCUGAUCUUUGCGUUUUCCGAUAGCGUAGAGUUGUGCGCGAUGGCGCUGACCUUUUGGUACGGUGGCCAGCUACUUGCUUCACGAGAGUACGACACGGUCGCUUUUUUUGUGGUGUAUAUCGCGAUCAUCCAAGGGGGGCAGUCCGCUGGACAAUUCUUCAGUUUCGGCCCCAACAUUGCGCAGGCCAAGGCAUCCGCGAAUCGCAUCCUAAGAGAAAGAGAUGCUUCUGAUGUAAUCAGAAGGGACCCUGAGGCCGAGAAACUACCCACUAAUGAUCGCCGGUUUACUGCGGACGUGGAGUUUCAAGGGGUCUCUUUCCAGUAUCCGGCCCGCGCGACUCCAACUUUUGAUGGAUUGGAUUUGACCAUCCCAAGUGGGUCAUUUGUAGCUUUUGUGGGAGCGUCUGGAUGCGGCAAGUCCACGAUCAUCUCGCUGCUAGAACGAUUCUACGACCCGACUGGGGGGCUCAUCCUCUUUGGGGGGCGGGACAUUCGCUCCAUUGAGUUGGCAUCCUAUCGUCGUGCCCUGUCCCUGGUUGCGCAAGAGCCCCAAUUAUUUGGCGGGACGAUCCGGGAUAACCUCCUGCUCGGCCUGGAAGCGACCGAUGAGGUAAUCCCGGAAGCUAUGGAGCAGGCGUGUAAAGAUGCCGAAAUCCAUGAGUUCAUCAUGUCCCUGCCUAGCGGGUACUCAACAGAGCUUGGGGUCAACGCGCAAUCCGCACUGAGCGGUGGUCAGAAGCAGCGCCUGUGCAUUGCCCGGGCCCUUCUGCGAAAGCCUCGACUGCUGCUCCUGGACGAGGCCACCUCGAGCCUCGACUCCCAUUCGGAAAAGGUCGUCCAGCAGGCGAUGGAACGGCUGGCAGCGAAGCGGGACAUGACGAUCAUCGCUGUGGCGCAUCGGUUGGCCACCAUCCAGAAUGCCGAUGUGAUUUUUGUGUUCGGAGAGGGCUCCGACGGCCGGGGCUCCCAGAUCCUUGAAAAGGGGAAUCAUAAUGACUUGCUCCGGACGAAGGGGGUCUAUUGGCAAAUGUGUGAAGCACAGGCGUUAGACCAGUAGUCCUCGACGAGGGACGGCAUAGUGUGGUUAGUGUAAAGGUUACACUUCCGGAGGCCAGUCCGGGUCGGUCUGGCUGUUAUCAUC